AAGCUGACGGAGAUCAAUACGACAAUAUAGGCAUAGCUAUAGAUUAUCAUUGAGCACGGCAGCCGCACGACAGCUCAAUAGUUCGGUGUUGUUUGCACUUUGGUCCAGUUGUGUUUGUUUCUACAUGUAUUAUCUAUAGCCGCCAAAUUGAAACAAGCCCAAUCUCAAACUUUUCUCAAAGGCGGUAGUUCAAACUGAAGCAAACUUUAAGAGUAAUUCAUUACAAUUAGAUGACCUAGAGGACGAUAGACGUGAUUCUUACUCUACAGAUAUGACAAAUUUCGUUAGUCUCAGAGUUCUUCUCUUCGUCAUCCUUUCCUUCAUCUAUGUCGUGUUCAAGCCGGAACCAUCAUGGUUCGCCAUCUUUCUUAAAACUCUCCCCGUCAUAUACCUCUGUGCUCUUGUCGUCGAUACGAUCCUUGGUUCGAAGCUCAAAUUCGUUUCCCAGUACGACGCCUCAGUCCUUGCUGGGUUGGUUCUAUCGGGCUUCGGCGAUGCGGCCCUCGUCAACGCUGCUGAUGACAAGCGCUUCUUCAUCCUCGGCCUUCUCCUCUUCGCUCUGGCUCAUGCAAGCUACAUCUACGCUUUCGGCUUGAAGCCUUUCAACAUCAAGCUCUUCACUCUCUUUGCGAUCCUUGGGUGCGGAAUACAUAGUCUAUUGCACUCCGGUAUGGCUAGGAAUGGACUAGCUAGUCUAGGUGGUCUCUACAAUAUCCUGAUCAUGACAAUGGGCUGGAGAGCGCUUGCGCGACAAACUCCCCCCGGAAACCAGACCGCUAGGACCUGGUCUGCAGUGGGUGCGAUACUGUUCGUCAUCUCAGACUUUGUUUUAGGACUAAAUAAAUUCCGCGCACCAAUACCGUAUGCUCAGACGAUCAUCAUGGUGAACUACUACGCAGGGCAACUUGGUAUUGCUCUCUCUGUCUUCGGACGUGCCAAUUAAUUCUGAAGAGGAAAUAAUUUACUUACUUAAGGUCACUUAAAGAUGAAGUUGAGUUCUGGUCAUGCGAUUGCAUUGUGAAAGAAACGGUGUGGAACCGACCAGAA